CAGCCAAUGAGAUGUGACUUCAGGGAGCGUGUAUACACUACAGCAUGCUGAACAAUAGAGGGUUUUAUUUCACCUUGUGGAAAAUCCUCACCCACGACACUGCUAAUGCUGUCACCUGCAGAUUCACGUUUGGAUGUUAAUGAUGUGUGGCACCAAAGGAAAUAAGUGCAAGUUUGUGACACGAAGGCUGAUUCUCUGGGUUUUACUGAUCAACAUCAUGCUGGUGCUGUACUGCUUGACGAACCCAACCAACCAAGUGAAGAUUAGGGGCUCCCAACAAGACACGUGUCCUCUCAGUAUGGCGAAAUUAUUGAAGGAAAAUGUGACUUCUCAGAGCACAAAGUCCAAACAGUGCUCCCCCACAGUGAACAUCAUGUUCAUGAAGACCCAUAAAACUGCCAGUAGCACCGUACUCAACAUCCUCUUCAGAUUUGGAGAGAAGCACAAGCUGAAAUUCGCCUUCCCCGAUGGGCGCAAUGACUUCUUCUACCCGUCGCCUUUCCUGUGCUCUCAGGUGAAGGACUACAGGCCCGGAGACUGUUUCAACAUUGUUUGCAACCACAUGCGCUUUAACCAUCAGGAAGUAUCAAAGCUCCUGCCUCCAGACGCUGUGUACAUCACCAUCCUACGUGACCCCGUGGAUCUGUUUGAAUCGUCCUUCCAUUAUUAUCACAGAGCAGUUCCUCUCACAUGGAGGAUCAGUGGAGACAACAAACUGGCAGAGUUUCUGAACAAUCCUCAGGCCUUCUACAGCCCAGAGGCUUUCAACUCGUUCUACCUCAAAAACAUGCUCUUUUUUGACUUUGGUUUUGACAACAACCUGGAGGCUGAUGAUCCUUGUGUAAUGAGGGAUAUUCAUAACUUAUCGAAGCAUUUCGAUCUGGUUCUUGUUGCAGAAUAUUUCGAGGAGUCUCUCAUCCUGCUUAAGGACACAUUGUGUUGGAGCAUGGACGACAUCCUGUAUUUUAAACUCAAUGCUCGCAGGAGCUCAUCUGUAUCUCGACUGACCCCCGAGCUGAGAGCCAAAGCUUUACAGUGGAACGGGGCUGACUGGAGGCUCUAUCGGCACUUUAACGCUACCUUCUGGGCCAGAGUAGAAGCGUACGGGAGAGAAAGAAUGAAACAGGAGGUGAACGAGCUGAGGAGGAGAAAUGCCGAGAUGAAGGCCGUCUGCAUCGAGGAUGGAGGUGCAGUUGAAGCGCAAAAGAUUCAUGACAGUCGCUUCCUGCCCUGGCAGCCAGUCGGAGAGGCUUCCAUCCUGGGGUACAACAUGAAGAAAAGUAUUGAUCCGAGUUUCAGGACAAUCUGUGAAAAAAUGCUCACACCUGAAAUACAAUACUUGUCAGACUUGGGCGUAAGCCUGUGGCUUACUAGACUGUGGGGUUGGUUAAAAGAUGCUGUCUUUACUGUUUGACUUGGAUUAAAACAGUUGCAACUAAAAUACUUCCUGCAACACGUGUAAGAUGCCAACUUGGGAAAAAAAUACUUUCUUCGUUUUUGGCAAAUCUUUCAGUUUUCUUCUGAAUAAUGCAUCCAUAAUGCUCAUUCAGAUUUGUCACCUAGACGUUCCUUUUUUAAUGAGUUACAUUCAGGUUUUUUACCAUUCCCAAAUACGCCUACAGAUGGGUCACAGUUCUCUCAGAUACCUCCACUCAUCAUCUGUUGGCCAUUAAUUGCUUCUCACAUUGUGUUGUAUCUUUUAACAUUGUGCACUACAUACAAAUACUAAAACUGUGUUUACACUCUUUUAAAAAAAUGGACUCAGGCUUAAAGUGUGAACAGUAAGAGUCCUCUUUGUUGUUGUACCUAAAUUAGUUAAAUUCUGCAGUUGAUAUUGGCCUCCCUGGUGCAAAGCUUAUUUGCUUGAUUCUCUACUGAAAGCACAAAUGUGUCUGGGCAUUGGAGCUAUGUUUUUUGUUUGAGCCCACAGGAAUCAAACCAGGGUGUGACAUUUACCAUUGAGCAAUCAGUAGUAGCUAUAAUGUUGUUGAAAGUACAGUCCUUAUUAUUCAGUGGGAGAGGUAAUGCUAGAGUGCCCCCUAGAGUCCUGAGGCUUAGGUGCAGUUGUAUGCAAUGCAUUUGAAUGGUGGUGGCCUUGCCUGACCCUGUCAUCAAAACUGUUUACAUAAUAUAUCUUUGCAUUUUACAGUGAUGAUGGGUUGACAUGGUAUAAAAAGCAAAUCCUUUUCUGUGUGCACAUUUUAACUCCCAUUUAAGCAAAUUAUUGAUCAGUUUCAUAAAAGGUGGCAGCUAUCAGUUACCGUUUGUAGAUUAUGACACGUUUUGCUGAUUUGGCCAAGUCAGUAUAAGCUAUAUCCUUAUAACUGAUAGCCUUGGAUCUUCAGCACCUCAUACAUACGGGUUAAUCUGAAUAAGAGAUUUAUCGUUUUAUGUCAUCAGACAAGUUGAGUUUAACUAUUAAAUUAUCUUUUAAUCACAAUAUUUGUUGCACAAAGGGCAUGUCUUUAGAAACCAUCUAGAAUGAUGAUGCUUUUUCCCUGCAUAGUGAAAAUAACUCACACUUUGACUAAAAAUGAUGUAUUAUGUAUGUAAUUCAAGAUAAUACAGCUGGCACAGUAGCCAAUUUUAGAUACCUUGUGUACAGUGUGUAUGAGAAUCAUCAUAUAAGGAAGGCUUGUAUAUCAAUGAUUACAUAUACUGAGUACUGGUAUAACCUGCCUGGCAGUCCAUUCUCCUUUGUUAAUAUGAUGAUCUUUGUAAACUUGCUUGUAAAAAUGCUUUGCAAACA